AAGCGUGCUUUGCGGAAUUUGCGAGUGAGUAGAGAGAGAAAGUAAAUACCCACCAAAUUAAACCAGAAACGCUUCUUUUUAGAGAGAGAAAGUGGAUUUUGUAGAGAGACAAAGAUCAUAGAAAUACAAGGUAACACCACAAAUUCAAAUACACUGAGAAGAAAGAGAGAACGAAGAAGAAGAAGAAAAAGACUUGUUCAGAGUUGAGUAGUCGUGGUCUAAACGGGAUUUUUGGAGUUGUUUUUGGGUCCGUUGUGGUUCAGAUUUAUCAGAGAUUUAUAUCAAAACGGGGUUUUAUAAACUGAACCCCGUCUUCAACUCUAUCACUGUGAUUUUGUAAUAGUUUUUCUCAGUUUGAGGAAAUUAAUUGAAGAAAAGGAGAAAUAUGGAGUGGCCUGCUUAUUUAGAUGAAUAUGAAAAGCUUGUUUUCCGUAUGACUACUCCAAGGGUCAUGAUCGACAAUGCUGGUUGUUCAAAUUCUACUCGCGUUAUGAUUGAUAGUGCGAGAAAACAUGGAAUACUUCUGGAAGCGGUACAAGUUCUUACGGAUCUGAACCUUUCAAUAAAAAAAGCUUACAUCUCGUCAGACGGUCGGUGGUUUAUGGACGUGUUUCACGUUACUGAUUUGGAUGGAAACAAAUUAACGGACGAGAGUGUCAUCAGUUACAUUGAACAGUCAUUAGGGACUAUUCAUUUUGCAAGUGCAAAGUGCUUUGAUGGUUUGACAGCACUGGAAUUAACUGGGACGGAUCGAAUCGGCCUAUUAUCGGAGGUUUUUGCAGUACUCUCAGAAUUACAGUGCAAUAUAGUUGAAGCUAAUGUGUGGACUCACAAUGGUCGAAUUGCAUCCCUAAUUUAUGUAAAGGAAGGGGAUUCAGGGUCCCCGAUUGAGGACUCUCAGAAGAUAGACACGAUUGAAGCUCGUUUAAGGAAUGUGCUCAAGGGAGAUAAUGACAUUCGUAGUGCUAAAACAUCAGUGUCUAUGGCUGUCACUCAUACUGAAAGGAGGCUUCACCAGAUGAUGUUUGCAGAUCGCGACUAUGAAAGGAAGCCGGUUAUUAGGACUAACGAUAACCCUAUUGUAUCAGUAUUGAAUUGCUUGGAAAAGGGUUAUUCCGUGAUAAAUGUUCAGUGCAAGGAUCGACCUAAUCUUCUGUUUGAUGUGGUUUGCACCUUGACAGACAUGCAAUAUGUUGUGUUCCAUGCCACAGUUAAUACAGCAGGGGACAGAGCAUACUUGGAAUUCUUCAUUAGGCAUACAGAUGGAAGUCCGAUUAGUUCAGAAGCAGAAAAGCAACGCGUGAUUUUAUGUCUACGAGCUGCAAUAGAGCGAAGAGCAUCUGAGGGAGUGAGGCUAGAGUUAUGCACCGGAGAUAAGCAAGGUCUAUUGGCUGAAGUAACGCGAACUUUCCGAGAAAAUGGUUUAAAUGUGACAAGGGCAGAGAUAUCCACAACAAGUGAUAAUACAGCUCUAAAUGUGUUCUAUGUAACAGAUGCUAAUGGAAAUCCAGCAGAUCCAAAGAUCAUUGAUUCUGUUAGGCAGAAAAUUGGAUUGAGUGACUUGAAAGUGAAGGAAUUGCCAUUGAUCUAUCAUCAAAAGGCAGAUGAGAGGGAAGAGCCCACAGUAGGGGCAGGUGGGACAAUGUUGCUUUCACUUGGUAGCAUUGUAAGGAAGAAUCUAUACAAUUUGGGAUUGAUCAAGUCAUAUUCUUGAAGGUCAGCACAAAAUUAUUACCAAUUAGAUUUGUCCCAAUCUUUGGUGUUGGGCAUGUGUACAUAGCUUAAAGAUUACUGAAAAUGAAAGGGGAUUUGGUAAUAGUAGUUGUUAUAGUUGAGCUUGGUUGGCUGAAAGGAUAGACACAUACAAGAAGUUGAUGUUAUUUUGGGGGUCCAGGUUAGAAUUUUAAACAGAGAAAAAUGGGAAAGAGAAGAAAGGAUGUUAGUUGGUUGGCUUGUGGUUAUAAAAUUUGUUUGGUGGAAGAUUAGAGGCAAAGGCAGGCUGGCAAGCAAUGAUACAAAAGAAGAUGAUAGGGUUGUAGACAGAGAAAUUUGGUUUUAGAAUAGUACACAUUUGUACAUAGUCGUUAUUAUUAUAAUGUUAGCUUCUAAUGUUUGACUUAGUUGUUUAUACUUACGAUGCCCUUUUUCUUGGUGUUGUCCAUUUGGGACUGCAAACAAGAAUCUAGUCUUUGUAAAUAUUAUAGAUUAUUUGGUUUU